AUGUCAUUGCCGAAUAGCCGGCCGAUCUCGUCAAAAUCGACGAGACAUACGAUCGAUCUGCGGCGUCGCGAACAAGCCUUCAAAGAAUACGAUUCCAUUCUGGAGGAGCACAAGAGUUCCUUUAAUGAAAAAUGGAAACACGACUUACCAGCAAACAAAGCCAUAGACGGUACAAGCCUUGAUGAUUUCGAGAGGUUGCGCACUUUAGGCACUGGAGCUUUUGGUCGAGUAAUGCUGGUCAAGAAAGCAGAUGACGCCAAUUAUUACGCUAUGAAGAUAUUAGACAAAACUCAGCUUGUCAAAAUGAAGCAGGUGGAACACACGCACAAUGAGAAACGAAUCCUUCAGAGCCUUCUCUUCCCGUUCACCGUAUAUAUGGAGUACUGCUUCAAAGACAAGUCGUACAUCUACAUGAUAUUGCCGUUCGUAAACGGAGGCGAGAUGUUUUCGCAUCUGCGCAGGAUGGGCAAAUUCGACGAGAAUCUGUCGCGCUUUUAUGCCUCCCAAGUUGCUCUCGCGCUCGAGUAUCUGCACAAGUGCUGUCUCGUCUAUCGCGAUCUCAAGCCGGAAAAUAUACUCAUCGAUCACGACGGCUAUAUUCGUGUCACGGAUUUCGGUUUUUGUAAAAUGAUCAACAACAGGACAUGGACAUUGUGCGGAACUCCCGAGUACUGGGCACCAGAGGUCAUUCUAUCGAAAGGCUACGGCAAAAGUGUGGACUGGUGGAGCUUCGGUGUGCUGGUAUACGAAAUGAACGCCGGUCACUCGCCUUUCUAUUCUCACAACCCAAUAAAAAUCUACGACAAGAUUACCACAGGCAGAUAUCGUUUUCCAUCGUUUUUCAACGAGGAUCUCAAAGAUCUGGUUAAAAACCUUCUACAAGUAGACUUGAGUCGACGAUUCGGAAACCUGAAAGGUGGUCCAGUAGAUAUCAAGAAGCAUAAGUGGUUUCAAAGAAUCGACUGGCUGAAAAUUUACAACAAAUCUGUUGUGCCGGGUUUUAUCCCGGCGGUUGAUGGGCCUGGAGAUGACAGUCAUUUCGAUAGGUACGAAGAAGAAGAAUUGCUGGUUGCCGACGAUGAUGCGUAUGACAAGGAGUUUAAGAACUUUUGA